AUGUGUGAUUGCUGUGGUCUCUCUCUUUCAACAUCACAAAAACUUCAUCAACAUUAUGCUAGUAAUAAAAAUCCAUGCCACUUACCAGUUCUAUCUCCUAAUCAACUACCACAAUUUGAUCCAGAAAUAGAAUAUCUCGAUGCAUUGGGAUUAUUUGAUUUCUCAGAAAUUGGUAAAAGCAGUCAUUCAGAGGCUAACUCAUCUCCAGAGGCUAAAAGAGAAUAUCUCGAAGCAUUAGGAAUAUUACCACCUAUUCCAAAAUUUCAUCAAACUGAUACAAUUAGUUCAGGAUGCGAAUUAUUAGAUGAUCAUUAUCAAGUCGAAAUAGGAAAAGAAAGUAUAUAUUCAGAAGAUCCUAUUAAUACUCUUAAUGUACUUAGAGAGCAAAUAAUAAAUAUCUUCAAUGACCGAUUUGAUCUUACCCAUGGAUUCAAAACUCGAUUAUGUCUCACAGGAAAAAUGGGUCGAACAACAAAUUAUCAAGAGGAACUAUUUGAAGAUAGAAAAUUUGCAGAAGAAACUGAUAAUGAUGAAAAAGACUAUAAAGAAGUUCUAUUUAAAAACAAAGCAGUAGUAGUAACUGCUAAAAAAGACAUCCCAAGAAUUGUAGAUGAACUUAUUUGGGAUAUUGAAAAUCGAAUAGAAGUAUAUAUCCAUGAAGGCUCAGCCAGUUCACAUCUUCCUUUACCCAAAGGAAUACCAAAACGAAACAAUGGAAUUAUCAAUAUCCAAAAUGAAGAUGAUAGAUGUUUUGAAUAUUGUAAUCUUGCAGAACUAUAUCCAGCACAAUAUCAUCGAGAACGAGUUUCCUGGUAUACUCCCUAUUUAGGUAAGUUAGAUUUCAAUGGGAUUCAAUUUCCAGUAAGAGCCGACAAUGAUACAAUGGAAAAGUUUGAAAAACAGAAUCCCGAUAUAUCUGUAUCAAUUUAUGGAUGGAGCGAAAAAGAACUUAUCCCAAUCAGAAUUGCACCUAAAUCCAAAGUACAUGAUAGAUGCAAUCAUAAAGAGGGGCAUUGUCGACCACGAAAAUUAAUUCGACUUUUAUUAAUAACAGGAGACGAUCCAAAUACAGGUAAAUCAGCCCAACAUUAUUGCUUGAUCCAAGGAAGAGAUGGAUUAGGAAAAUUAGUUGGAUAUACAACUAAGCACAAUGGUAAGUUAUAUGUUUGUGACUAUUGUGUAAGUCAUCGAACCCAUGAUCUCAAGAUUGAUGCACAACAUAUGGAAGAUUGUGAAAGAAUUAAUAAUCCAGCACAAAAAACUGUAAUGCCAGAAGAAGCAGAUAUAGAAACUCUCGCCACAAUCAUUGAAAAAAGCCAAGGAUCGAAAACAACAGCAAUCCAAGAACACAAAGUUAUAUCAUUUGAUUAUAUAAUUAGACGUAGUGAUGGCAAGACCAAAGUACCAGUAAAAAUUAGAGGAGAUGAUCCAGCCGGAGAGUUUAUCAAAGCAAUGGAAAAAGAAACAGAACAAUGCCAAGAUUUUCUUGCAGGAGGACAUGUAAUUCGAAAUUCUGCAAAGAAAUUAAUCUCAAUGAUGCAAUCAGGAAUAUUGCCAGAAGAGAUAGUAGAAAAUUAUAUUAAUCACGUUAGCAUAUUUCAAACAUGGAAAUUAACUAAUAUUCCUCUCGGUUCCACUAAAGAGUAUGAGAAGUUAAUACAUCUUAAACAUUACUUAAAAGGUCUUUACCAAUCUCAUAGAAGAGAUCCUAUUGGAGUAGAUAUAGGAAUAAUCAAAGAAAAGAUAAGUGCUAUCCCGCAUAAUAUGGAAAACUAUCUUAGUCUCGAUAUUGGGAAUCAAAGAUAUAUGGAUUCUCUCCAACUCAUACCAGGAAGUCUUGACUCUCACGUAUCUAAUUUAGGAGCUGAACCAUGUAAAGAAGAAGUAGAUAAGAAUGGAAAAUCUUUAAACUUAUCAUGUAAAAAGCCCGGACAUCUUUAUCGAAUCGACUCUAAUAGAUGCUUUGCCCAUCCAGAGAGAUUCCCUAUAACUAGAGAACAUGGACCAAAAGGGAGGGAUAACUUAGUAUUUCGUAAAGGAAUUUUCCCCUAUGAUUGGUUUAAUGCAUCAGAAAAAAUGAAUGCGACUUCCUUAUCUCCUAUUGAGGCUUUCGACAAAACUCCAGAUCUUUUUAAUAAAAUUACCAAGUAUGAGAUUCCUGAUGAUAUACCCAAAGGUUAUAUUCUGGAAGUUGAUCUUGACUACCCAUAUAAAUUACAUAAAUCACAUUCUGCAUAUCCUUUAGCCCCCAAAAAUAUCGAGAUUUCUAAAAAGAAAAUGAGUGAGUAUGGACAAGAGAUUAUUAAUGAUUUAAAACAUUAUUCAAAGACUAAGAAACUCGUCCCCAAUCUCAAUAAUAAGAAGAAGUAUAUAGUGCAUUAUCGUACAUUACAAUUUUAUAUAAAGCAGGGAAUGGUACUUACCAAAAUUCAUCAAGGCAUAGAAUUUAAUCAAAGCUCAUGGAUGAAGCCUUUUAUGGAAGAAUUAGCAAGAUCUCGUGCUUUAGCUAAGAAUGAUUUCGAGAAAAAUAUGUAUAAGCUUCUAGGUAAUACUAACUAUGGAAAAACUGUAGAAAAUGUACGUAAAUAUCAAAGAGUAGACUUCGUUAGACCAAAAGGAGAAUCAAAAAAAUUUAAAAGGUUAGUAGCUGAUCCUAGUUACAAGUCUUAUAGAAUUUUAGUAGAGAAUUUGAUAGCUCUUGGAAAAGAAAAAAUUGCGUUGAAUAAGAAAGUCCCUGGUAAGUUUAAAGACGAAAAUCAUGGUACUGCUAUGUGGAAAUUUUGCGGACCAAGAUCUAAACUUUAUAGUUAUAUUCUUGCUGAUGGAAAAACAGAUCGAAGAGCUAAAGGAAUACAAAAGAUAUAUAAAAAGCUUAAUAAACUUGAGGAAAAAUUUCGUUUAUUGGAAGAAGAAAUAGAUGAUCUUAUCGAUAAAGCAUUAGAGAUUAAGUGGGAAAUAAGAGAUAUAACAAAGGCCUUAUCACUAAUCAAUAUCAAUGUCGAAUAG